CAAAAGAUUUGCAGUCUSACUUUAAUCCAAGAUGGCGGCCAGAAGUCGAAGUUUUGUAGCGAUACAGAGAGCGUUAAAAAAGCAAUCUUUAGGCGGAAAACAAGGUCGAUUUGCUGUAAACCGAACGUUACUCAAUCUAAAAAGAUGUGAAGUCAGCUUAGGGGAUGAUGUUCAGUCGAUAGAUGUGAAUUUGGCAAGUUCUGUUAGUGCAAAACACAAUUAUGGACUGAAGAAAUUUCUAUAUGAGGAAGUACCCAGAUUAAAAUUCAAGAACCCCCAUGUUCCUAUAGCAAGAAAUAAAACCGACUCAAAAGAGUCUGAAGUGGUUAUAAAAUUUGCUGAUGGGAGAGAAGAAAAGAUUCCAACAUUGGAGAAAACACCAUCUGAAAUCAUGAAUGAACUUAUUAAUACAAUUAAUCCUAUAUCAAGUGAAGAUACUGAAAAUUUACAAGAAAAACAGGAAAACUAAAUUCUUGUUUCAUAUGUAUAUAAUUAUAUGCUGUACUGUAGGUAUGGCCAGGUAAAACUGGGAUAAAUAUAGCAUUUAUUGUUGUAUAUAGCCUAAUUUAGCCUGGCUCUAAGUAGAGGAGUAGAGGGAGUUGAUCUCUCUACUCACUUUGGCUGAACCACAAAAGGUGACUUUAUGGAAAUAAAUUACUUCUUUGGUUUUUA